UUCACCGAGAGAGAGAGAGAGAGAGAGAGAGAGAGAGAGAGAGAGCUCUCGGGGCGCCAUGGCGAUGUCCCUUCUUCGUCCUCCUCCUCCCUCCUCGCCCAAUCUCCAUCGCCCCUCUCCUUUCUCCUCCUCUUCCUCCUCCUCCCUCUCCCCCUACUCCCAUUUUCCCAUCCACGUCGCCGUUUCCAAACCCUACCUCGCUCCCACGACACUCCCCUACGCGCUCCGCCCCCCUUUCUCCUCUCUCUCCUCCGCACCCUCUUACCCUAAUGCUUCCGCUCUCGCACCCUCCGUGGGAUCUCCCUCCACCUCGCCUCAGCUCGCGCGGUGGAGCCUCGGCCGCGACCACAUCUUCCUCCUCAAUAUCACUGCUUGCGCGGUGGCCAUUUCCGCCUCGUGGCUAUUUUUCUCCGCGAUUCCGACCCUUUUGGCUUUUAGAAAAGCAGCGGAAUCGCUCGAGAAGCUGCUAGAUGUCACGGCAGAAGAGCUUCCGGAUACCAUGGCUGCUGUCAGGCUCUCCGGGAUGGAGAUUAGCGACUUAACCAUGGAGCUCAGUGAUCUGGGGCAUGACAUAACACAAGGUGUUAGAAGCUCUACUCGAGCCGUCCGUGUAGCAGAGGACAGAUUGCGCCUCCUCACUAAUAUGGCUCCAGUUGUAUCUGUGCAGGGGAAAGCCACUCUGAGGAACGAAACGGAGACAGAGAUACAGGGACCAAUGCUCGCUAGAACAGCAAGAAACUUGCGGGAGGGGAUUGUAAAGGGCCGAGCAGGUUUUGGAGUAAUUUUUAGUAUCAUCCAAUUUUCUCGGUGGGGUUUAAAUUUUCUUUCCGCCCGUAGACAGAAGCGCUCAGCUUGAAAGCAUCUGACUGAGCAGAUCUUUCUAUGGACUGAGCAGAUUCAGUGGAUCUGGUCAACUCUUUUUGUGGUUGCAUCCUCGUUCAAUAUAUUUAUCUGUCCAUAGGCGAAGCUGCUCUAUCAAUAUCACUACAUAAACCAAGUCAUGGGUUUACAGAGCCUCGGAGUUGAAGCAUUCACUUCAAACUUUGGUUGUGUGAGUAGCUCGUGUUGUUCAAAUCGCUUUGAGCCCUUUGUUUUGUUGUCAAUAUGCUUUCCUAUUUGGGAACUUUAUUUUGUGUGUUUAAAGAUUCUCGAAUAAAAUUUUGUGCAGAGUUUAGAUGCUACAUUUUCAUCACAUAAUGAAGUCAUUGGAAAUAGUACUGGGAUAGAUUUCUUCUAGUAGAAAAGAAUUGAAAGUGAAUUGUUUGUUUGUUUGAUGGCUUCGUUGUGAAAGAUUUGUGUUA